UAGAUAUCUUCGGAGGCAGGCUGGGCACAUCGCCACUAUCCAUAACUUCCGAGUUCAAAAGCCUCUGCAAUGUCCGCCGCGGCGGCGCUUUCACCACGGCCGCCGCCAACUCCGACCGCGGCCGACUGCGACGACUCUCUGCAUUCCCUCCUCUCCUCCCUCUCCACCCCGUCCGCCGUCCGCCUCCUCCCCGUCCCCCUCCUCGCCUUCUCCCGCCUCCGCCGCCUCCUCCCACCCGCCGCCGCCGCCACCCACCUCCUCCUCCGCCCCAUCGCCUCCCUCCUCCAACACAACCGUUCCGACCUCCGUCUCGGCCUCCAGCUCCACGCGCUCUCCCUUUCCCUCGGCCUCUCGCAACACUCGCUCCUCCUUCCCCGCCUCCUCUCCCUCUACUCCCACCAUCCCUCCCUCCUCCCCUACGCCUCCACCCUCGCCGUCGGUUCCACGAGCCCGCAGCCCUACAAUUUCCUCAUCUCAGCCUGCCUCAGCCACGGCCUCCCGCGCCACGCGCUGGCCGCGUACCAGGAAAUGGCCGAGAACGCCGUGCUCCCGGACGCCUUCACUUAUCCCUCCGUCCUCCGCGCCUGCGCCGACUGUGGGGACCUUGCGUUUGGGAGGGCGGUGCACGUGCGCGCCGCGGACGCCGGGAUGGACGGGCAUCUGUUUUUCCAGAACGCGUUGGUGUCCAUGAACGCAAAAUGCGGGGACCUCGUCGCUGCCCGCAGGGUGUUCGAUGGAAUGGGUGAGAGGGAUGUGGUGUCCUGGAACUCUAUAAUAUCUGGCUACGCGGCCGCUGGGCAGUGGAGAGAGGCGGUGGAGCUUUUUCGCAGUAUGCGAGCCGAGGGUGCGGAUGUAAACUCGGUGACAUGGAACACGAUCGCUGGCGGUUUCAUUCAGAUGCAUGAUUAUAGAGCAGCAAUCGGGCUGAUUCGUGAGAUGGUGCAGGGCGGUGCAGGGGUUGAUUUUGUGACUUUGGUCAUUGGGUUGAAUGCAUGCUCACGGGCAGGAUGGUUGAGGCUUGGGAAGGAGAUACAUGGGUUGGCAGUCCGCAUGCACUGUAAUGGGAUUGAGAACGUAAGUAAUGCGGUGAUCACGAUGUAUGCCAGGUGCAAGGAUAUGGAGCGUUCUCUCAUGCUGUUUAGAAUGCUGAGGUGCCCGGGUCUGGUCACGUGGAAUACGAUGAUAGCUGGUUUUGCAUUGUCGGAUGAUGCGGAAGAGGCUUCUAGACUUUUCCGCGAAAUGGUAUGCAGCGAUGUGCAGCCUAAUUAUGUUACUGUUGUCACCUAUCUUGCACUCUGUGCCCGUGUUGCUAAUCUGCAACAUGGGCGGGAGCUUCACACCCACAUUAUUAAGCACGGGUUCAAAGGGUAUCGUUUGUUGUGGAACUCUCUUAUAGAUAUGUACUCCAAGUCUGGGAGGCUCUUGGUAGCGCAAAAUGUCUUUGAUACGAUGGAUGACCGUGACAUGAUAUCCUACACUUCAAUGAUAACAGGAUAUGGAAUGCAAGGAAAAGGAACAGUUGCCCUGCGGAUUUUCAACCAGAUGAUUGACAGUGGGAUCAUGCCAGAUGACAUAAUCAUGGUCACUGUACUCUCUGCAUGUAGCCACUCUGGGCUUGUGCCUGAAGGAGAAGAGCUUUUUGACAAGAUGGUCAGUUCAUAUGGUAUAAAGCCCCAGAUGGAGCACUAUUCUUGCAUGGUUGAUCUAUAUGCACGUGCUGGACUAUUGGAAAAGGCAGAGGAAAUGCUCAAUCAGACUCCCUUCCCUGCUACAUCCACAAUGUGGGCAGCAUUAGUUGGAGCUUGCCAUGAGAGAGGUAACAUAAUAAUUGGCGAAAGGUCAGCAAGGAGGCUCUUGGAGAUGAGGACAGAGAAUGCUGGGCACUAUGUUCUGAUUGCAAACAUGUAUGCGGCUGCAGGUUGCUGGAAUGAGCUAGCAACAGUCAGAAAACUGAUGCGAGACUUGGGUGUCACAAAAGCACCUGGUUUGGCAUGGGCCGAUCUUGGUAAUGGGUUCACUCCUUUUCUGGUUGGGGAUAGGUCGAACCCUCUAGCCCCGGAGAUCUACGAGGUUUUGGCUGAACUAUCUGAGCAGAUGAGGAAUAUAUUUAACUGUAAUGAUCUGGACAUAUUGUCUAUGGAGGAAUCAAUACAAUAAACUUGUAGUGAUAGGACAAGAAGGAGAGGUUCCAUCUUUGUGUGAAAUGGAGUUUAUUAAUGAACUCUGGAAUAGGGUUUUACUAUGAAGCAUCAAGAUAAAAGAAAAAAGUGUCCAUAACAAAGCAGCUAAAAAGUGCUAGAAGAUGAACCCUUCAACAUACACUAACAACCACAGGUUUCUAACCAAGACAUUGAUUGCCUUAAUUGGCCUUUGUAAAGCAGUGACCUUGAGUCUGCUAAAAAGAGUGUUACUUCUCAUGGCAAAUGACGUCUUAUUGGCUCAAUGCAAUUGCAGCCUUAUUGGCUCCCUUUUGUCAAUUGUGCAUCAUUAUUACUCUUGUCAGGCAACCUUAAUCAAUUUCAACCUUCCGUUUCCCAUAGCAAAAUGGUUUCUUCAGAUAUGGGAUAGAUUGGAGAGUGGACCAGUAUUGUUUCCAGGUGAUGACCUUAAUACAAGUCAGUUCCCUAGAUUUGGAUCAAGGUACAUGAUCCUUUUUGUUGGCUCAAACAA